UAUCCCAGUUUCUCGAUUGUAUUCUCUAUCAAACAAUUUUCUCAGAAAACAGAAAUAAUGUCAUUAAUGUCCAAUGGAUUCCAUUUGGCUGGGUCAAUUUUACGAACCAAUUUAAUAACAAAAGUUAUACCUGUGAGAUUUAUACAUCCUACAAUUUUGCAACAAGUUAAUGAAAAAAACUCAGUAGGACAAGAAAAACCACAAUCAGAUGUAUCAUCUUCAAAAGACAGAAGUAAAGUUAUUCCUGUGGAGACUAGUAUACGUUAUUUGAAAAGUAAUGCUUAUAAGGAAACUUAUGGAAAUUUCCCUGUUUGGAAGCACUAUAGGCGAAAUCACAAAGGACAAUUUCCGCCACAAAAAACACGAAAAACUUGUAUUAGAAAUAAUAUAGUUUCCACUGGUAGUCCAUGUCCAAUAUGCAGAGAUGAGUAUCUGGUUCUUGAUUACGUUAAUAUUGAAUUAUUAAAACAAUUUAUUUCUGAACACAAUGGAAAAAUUCUAAGUUAUAAAACAACUGGCUUAUGCCAAAAGUCUCACAAUAAUCUACUUGUUGCUGUACAUAAAGCCAAAGAGUAUGGUUUACUCACAUUUGAUGUUCCCUUCAGACAGUACGAUUAUUCCGAGUGGAAAAGUUCAUAAAAAAAA